UCUUCCGUACGGAAACCAAAUCGUGCCUGCUUGCAUGACUUGUUAGCUAGCUGCCUGUCAGUCGCCCAGUUCCUGCCAGUGUGUGUGAUCGUGGCGAUGCAGGAGUGGAGGAGGGAACGGGUGUUGUAUGUAAAUGAUUGUAUCGAUCACCCAAGGAUUUCAGAUGACAUACUCACCUAAUGACAUCCGUUCAACUAACAUUUCCACGUUACAACGUUGCGAGCACUAGCUACGUUAAUCUGUCGAAUUGAAAGUCAUCACUCAUCUGUUUCCCUCAUAAGACAGACUGCCCUCUCCCGGCCAUGCUUGCUGUGUGUGCCCUGCUGCUGGUGGUCGCUCCUGUCUACUCAUCAGCAGACUCAGACACGCACAGACCCAGACAUGACACUAACCUGGAGAUCUAUAAGAGGCUGUUUGAAACUAAGAGAAAAGACCAGCUAAAUGCACUGAAGAAUCUUGUGGAGCUCAAUGACAUCAACCAGCAAUACAAGAUCAUUGACAUUAUGCUGAAGGGCCUGUUCAAGGUCUUGGAGGACUCUCGGGCCGUCCUUGUGGCAGCCAACUUGCAGCCAAAUGACCCUUUCCCCCUGGACGACAAAAUCAAAGAGGCAUACUCCCACGUGGUGGAGAACACUGCGUUUUUCGGGGACGUGGCACUGCGCUUCCCACGAAUCGUCCACCACUACUAUGACCGCAACUCUGACUGGGGCAGUCUCCUUCGCUGGGGCCUGAGCUUCUGCAACCUGACGGGGGUCUUCACUGGAGGGGCGCACCAGCACGUCCUCACACUGAUGUCACAGGAGCUGGGAAUAACAGAGAAGUCCCCAGACUUCACCAACCCCUACCGCACAGAGAGGGAUGAUAUGCUGCACACAGCAGAGGCCUUCCAGAAAGUUCUGAGGGAGGAGGAGAAGAGGAGGAGGAAGGAGGAGAAGAGGAAAGAGAUUAGGAAAGGCCCCCGGAUCUCUCGCUCGCGCACAGAACUCUAGCUUCUCAGCUCUGAGAGAGAAAGAGAGAGAGAGAAUGAGAGAAAAAGGAUGAGAGAAAGAGAAUGAGAAUAAGAGAGGAAAAUGUUAUAGCAAUGCAAAAAGAAUAGCUCCCAUCCCACACAUGGUACCAGGCUCCAGGGCACAGUGCAGAGUUUUGAGAGGCUGCAGAGUAAGACCAAGACUGUGCCUCAGGCACAGACAGGUAGAGAACUGUACCCGGGGCUCCAUCAUCGUCUUGGUUCUCAAGGCUCUGCGCCUUUGUGGGUUUUCAUCACAGCCAGCUUUUGUAUAAUUUCCUUCACCGACUUACUUAUUUAAUUACUGUUGCCUGCCUAUGCCUUUACACCGAAACACACUUGAGGAUCAGCAAGGUGUCAUGUUGGGAUGCUGUAAUCAGAGUGUGGAGUGUGUAGUUCAAACAUUUGUAAUCAACUGGCUGCUAUAAAGACCUGUAUACACAGAAGUCCUGGAGGAGGCCUGAAAAAGGAGUCAACAUGCCCAGGAGGCAUUUCGUCACACACAGUCUUCUGUAAGGGAUGAGUACAGGAUGGCUGCUUUCAGUUGUAUAAAUAGAUGAAUAUAUUUGAGGGUCAGGUACUGUAUGUCUAAAUAAUGUGUUGAGGUGUGGGAGAUCACAGGACUAUUAAAUAAAUUUCAUUACCUCAUUUUUCCAUAACUCAAAUUUCCAGAUUGUCCAGAUUUACGAUAAUACCUUUUUUUUUUCUUUAACAUCUCUGAGGGAAAUUAAUGUUCAAUUUAAAAAAAGAAAAUGUGAAGAUAUUUUAGCCUUUCACACCCAGGGAUAUGUACACAAUGUUUUAUUUAACAUUCAGAGUUUGUUACUCUGUUUUUCUACCAUUGUUGUUGGUAAUAAGUAUGUUGCCCUCCUGUUAGUUAAAGUACCAUAUUUUAAUUUCCCAUUCAUUUGAUAUAGAAUAUUGGUAGUCGUUGGAUGUAGAGAUACAGUUUGCUCAGAAAAAUUCAGGACCAGUUUGAUAUUUUGAUGUUUUUUGUAUCUGUUUUCUGCUGCCAUUAGCAAAAUAAAGGCAUUUUGCCAGCCAGGUUCAAAACAA